AUGCAGAGCCACACUCCAAUUCCUCCACCUCGAUUGCCACCACCGCGUCCAGCUCUUCAGGAUGUCACUGCUAGAGCCAAUCAGUCCCCAGUGACGCUUCCCCCUCUCACCAAAAAUGCGUCUUGGGGGAAACCACCCAUGGGAAAUGAUUACUGGGAGAGACAGCAGGGCAGAGCGAGGGACGAAGCCGAGUCUCUCCGCCAUGCGUACCAGCAGUCCGCCGUCAACGUAGGGAGACGUGCGCCGGCCCCAGUGGCCAGCCGGAACCCUUUCUCCCAACCUGUGCCUCCCGCUCGUGGAAACUUGUCGAGUGACGGUUCCCUCGCGAGGAUCCAGCAAGCUCUAGCCGCCGAGCAAACUGCUGCAGCCGCACCGCGUGCUUCUGCCGGCAGGAAGCGCAAGUCUGAGGUCUCGUCGGAUGAGGCCAUCGCUGCCUACAAGCAGAACCUUGAUCAUAUCAACGUCGAUAACAUGGGGCUUGACCUCAACUGCAAUGCUGUCAGGUCCCUCAUUCAAAAGGUCAUCGAAAGGGGCAUUUUCAAGAAGGGCGAAUUCUGCAAUACCAUCCGUUGCAGCCCCACUGCUGUCAACAGAUUCCUGGAGAAGACAGGCUCGACUGGAGGAAUCGACAGCGACGUGUACGACGCCGCUUGGGCUUGGUUCAAGAAACGAGAGCUCGCCGGUCUGGCCAUGCCUGCUGCCACCGCCACUGCCUCGCAGAAGAAGGCAAAGAUCACGGCGACGCGCCCCUCGACUGCAGACCUCAACAGCAUCCAUCUCGAUGGGGAAGAGACCGACUCCGUCCCCGUGUUUGAAACCUGCGACGUGAUCCGGAGGAAGAUCACAGCGCACCUCAAGACCCCGGGCAUGACCCAGGCUCAGCUCUGCCGCGACCUCCACGCGCAGCUCAAGAUGCCGGGCUGCAAGUCCAUCCAGUCCAAGAUGCUCAGCGACUUCAGGGGCAAGAAGGGCCCGGUCGCGGGCUGCACCAGCUCUGUCUACUACGCGGCCUACGUCUACUUUGAGAAGCUGAGGAUCACCGAGGGCAAGCCGAAGAGCAAGCAUAGGCUCGAGAUGGAGAAGAUCUACCCGCGAGGUGCUGAACGUGAGAGGGAUGGCCGUCAUGGAUACUGGGCCCGUGCUGACGAGACCAUUGUUCAGGACGAGUAUGGACGUGUGUCCGUGCGGAGGUACUGA